AUGAACUCGACGGCGUACUCGCGGCCGUCCAAGCUGCCGGGCGGCGCCGGCGACAGGAGGCCGCCCACGCGCCUCCGGGGCUUCGCCUCCAAGAUCGAGCCCAAGAAGCUCGGCGCUGGCCUCCUCGCCGGCUGCUGCCUCGCGCUCCUCACCUACGUCUCCCUCGCCAAGCUCUUCGCCAUCUACUCCCCCGUCUUCGCUAGCACAGCCAACACGUCCGGCCUGCUCCAGAACGCCCCGCCGGCGUCGUCGUCGUCGUCCGUCCCGGAGACGACGGAUGCCAUCCCGGCCGAAGACACCACAUUCAUCGGCCGCGAGAACGGCAACGCCGUGGAUCCCGUCGAUUUCCCAGAGGAGGGCCCGGCGUCGGCCGGCUCUCAAGAACCCGGCGUGCCGGAGGUGCUCUCGAGAAAGGAGGACGAAGCCGAGAAGGCGGCGGAGGCGGCGACGACCUCCGUGCCAAAGCCAUCCGCGGAGGGCGGCGCCGGCGGGGAGGGUGCGGCAUUAGCAAAGAUGAGCUGCGACGAGAACGGGGUGGACGAGGGGUUCCCCUACGCGCGUCCGUCGGUGUGCGAGCUGUCCGGCGACAUCCGGAUCAGCCCCAAGCAGAAGACCAUGUACCUGGUGAACCCGUCGGGCGCCGGCGGCUUCGACGAGAACGGCGAGAAGCGGCUCCGGCCGUACGCCCGCAAGGACGACUUCCUCCUCCCCGCCGUGGUGGAGGUGACCGUCAAGUCCGUCCCCUCGGCGGCGGCCGCGCCGCAGUGCACGAAGCGGCACCGCGUCCCCGCGGUGGUGUUCUCCGUGGCCGGGUACACGGACAACUUCUUCCACGACAACACGGACGCGCUGAUCCCGCUGUUCCUGACGGCGUCGCACCUCAAGGGCGAGGUGCAGCUGCUCAUCACCAACUACAAGCCGUGGUGGGUGCAGAAGUACACGCCGGUGCUGCGCAAGCUCUCCAACUACGACCCCAUCAACUUCGACGCGGACGCCGGCGUGCACUGCUUCGCGGCGGGGUUCCUGGGCCUGUACCGCGACCGGGACCUCAUCAUCUCGCCGCACCCGACCCGCAACCCGCGCAACUACACCAUGGUGGACUACAACCGCUUCAUCCGCUCCGCCUACGCGCUCCGCCGCGACCGCCCCUCGGCGCUCGGGGAGGCGCCCGGGAUGCGGCCGCAGAUGCUGAUCAUCUCCCGCGGGGGCACGCGGAAGCUGCUGAACCUGGAGGAGGUGGCCGCCGCCGCGACGGAGCUGGGGUUCAACGUGACGGUGGCGGAGGCGGGGGCGGACGUGCCGGCGUUCGCGGCGCUGGUGAACUCCGCGGACGUGCUGCUGGCGGUGCACGGGGCCGGGCUGACGAACCAGAUCUUCCUGCCGACGCAGGCGGUGGUGGUGCAGAUCGUGCCGUGGGGGAACAUGGACUGGAUGGCGACCAACUUCUACGGGCAGCCGGCGCGGGAGAUGCAGCUCCGGUACGUGGAGUACUACGUGGACGAGGAGGAGACGAGCCUCAAGGACAAGUACCCUCGGGAGCACCUGGUGUUCAGCGACCCCAAGGCGCUGCACAAGCAGGGGUGGCAGGCGCUCGCCGAGACCAUCAUGAAGCAGGACGUGAAGGUGAACCUCACCAGGUUCCGGCCCUUCCUGCUCCAGGCCAUCGACAAGCUGCAGGAGUAG